AUGAGCACAAACAGCGUGAAGCGACAUAUACCGGGCUCUUUAGCCCCUUUGACGCCUAAUUCAGAAAACAAGCUCAACGCAAUGAAUGUUAAAGUUAAGUCGAUAAUUCCUGGCUUGGUAAUGCUGGAAAGAGACGUCAACCAGCGACUUCAGCUUAACGAAUAUGUCAAAAGAGGAAAGCCAGAUAACGGGGCAGAUAAGGAAGGUAUUAAAGAUCAAGAAAAUGGAUUAUCAGAGAACAUCCAAGUUGAUAUUGUGCCAAAUUCAUCAAGGAAAUUCAAGCUGAAGAAUCAUAAACGGAACUUAUACGGUCCAGAAAUAAAAAAGCAGAGCCUAUAUAUCCCAGUGCAAACUGGGAGACGGAAACGGUUUAUAAAUGCAGAUAUUGUUCCGUUUGACUGUCCACUAGCAAAAAACGGUCGGCCACUUCUUAUAAAGAGUUGUGCAAGACAUCCUGUAAGUUGUGCAGCCCCAUUUUUCGACUUUCCAGAGUUUGAUCCCGCUAGUGCGACAGAUGAGAUGAUAUUAGUGGAAAUCUUGAACUAUGAGAUGGAUCAUCUAGACAAAGGCAUGCGGAAGGUCAGAACAGCAAAGGAGAUUUUGAAGUUCAAGAUGUACGAGCUAUUUCAUUUCGGGCAAAUAUGUAUUGAGGAUUAUCUAGCGAGAUUUCCCUGGGAUCAGUUCUAUUCUCCUGAAUUGUACGCAGAGGCUAUGAAAAGACAGGCAGAACAAGGUAUAGGAUUUGGAUGCAAAAGCGAACAUGUUGAUAUUCUUGCAGGAAUAAAACCUGAGAGAGCAACAUCGUAUAUACCAAAGACAGAGUACGCAUUUGUUCCGAAGCAAUAA